AUGUAUUUAAGUUAUAAAGCUGAGUUGAAAUCUGUACUGAAAGCCAUAUCACCGAAUGUGUCUACUGCGUCAUCGAGUUUGAAAGAGAAUUCAGACAAGAAUAAAGAAUCACUUGUAAGAUUACCGAAGAUAACUAUACCAGUUUUCAGUGGCAAGUAUACCGAAUGGUCGUCUUUCAAGGAUUUAUUUACGUCACUCAUCCAUAAUAACUCUGCACUCGACGACGUUCAGCGACUACAUUAUCUGAAGACGCAAUGGCCACUCAGCGAAAACCUGUCGUGGUUCUACGAGAUGUCGGAUCUGCAAGAGAAAGCACCACACACUUCUUCACGGAAACAACUCACCAACAGUAGCGGAUUGGGUGGUGGUCAGAGUGGCUUAACCUCAAAAUAUGUGGUUAAGGUCAAGAUUCAGUCACUCUGUGACCCAACCUUUAAGUUACAAGUGAAGGCUCACGUCCUUCAAACGGUGACUACAGUGUUACCACAAAGGAAGUUCACUCCACCCAGAUGGGCUGAACUUGGCCGCAUCAGUUUGGCUGAUCCGCAGUAUAAUUCGCCUAAUAGAAUUGAUGUUCUCUUAGGCUCCGAGGUGUAUUGCGCUAUCCUGAAAAGGGGAUUGAUUAAAAGUCCUAAUGAUUUGAUUAUUGCACAGGAUACUUACCUUGGAUGGGUGUUGUCGGGUCAGGUUGACGGCUAUGAUAAUGAAGAAUCUACAUGUCACAACAUUAUAAUGAGCUUUCAUAUCCAGUUAGAAGAGAAUGAACUAAUCAAGAAAUUUUGUGAAAUCGAAUCUGAACCUAGUCCAAACAAAAAGAUAUUAACUCAAGAAGAACAGGAUUGUGAAGAUCAUUUCAAAGCUACAACUUGCAGAGAUGAGACUGGUCGUUAUGUGGUGGAGUUGCCGUUUCGUCCAAAUGUUCGUCGAGACAACGGUGAUACAAGGUCCGUCGCUGUGAAACAUUUGUUUGGUCUAGAAAAGAGAUUGAAUAAGAAUAGCACAUUAAAGAACAAUUAUUCUGAGGUCAUAGAUGAAUAUUUGAAACUUGGUCAUAUGGAGAUUGUUGAUGAUGAGUCAUCAAAUACGGAGGGUAAGGUAUGGUUACCACAUCAUGCGGUUGUUCGUAUGGAUAGAACAACAACAAAAACCAGAGUGGUUUUUAAUGCUGCUGAUAGAAGCGCUAAUGAAUUAUCCUUAAAUGAUACAUUAAUGGUUGGUCCAACCUUACAAAUGGAAUUACGCCACUUGAUAAUGCGUUGGCGUUCACACCCCAUAUGUCUCACUGCUGAUAUCAUAAAAAUGUAUCGACAAGUGAACGUAGCUGCAAAACAUACCGAUUUUCAACGGAUUGUAUGGCGAUCUGAAGAGGGUAUUAUACGUGACUAUCGUCUUCUGACUGUCACUUUCGGCACUUCAUGCGCUCCUUAUUUAGCUGUAAAAGCAAUGCAACAAGUAGCUGUAGAUGAAGGUCGUAAUUUCCCGCACGCGGCAAGUAGAGUUCUAUCAGAUUUUUACAUGGACGAUCUUCUCACCGGCGCUGAAAAUGAAGAAGAAGCGGUUAAGAUUUAUAAAGAAAUGAAUGAAUUGCUAAAUAAAGGUGGAUUUCAAUUGCAGAAGUGGACAUGUAAUAAAAUAGGAGUACUAGGUGGUACAGAAACAGAUACUGAAAGAGAGUUUAAAGAGGAUGAUGUUACUAAAAUUGUAGGUAUUGCUUGGAAUCGCCGCACAGAUGAGUUUGGUUAUAACAUCAAGAUUUCUUCUGAUGCCCCUGCUCCUGAAACAAAACGCAAAGUGAUUAGUGAAAUCUGUCGACUAUAUGAUCCACUCGGGUGGAUAGCUCCGUGCGUUAUUAUAGCAAAGAUCUUUAUCCAGAAGCUAUGGAUUGCUGGACUGGGCUGGGAUGAUAAAUUGCCAGAGGAGCUGAUACAAGAGUGGUCACAAUAUCGCAAGGAAUUACCGAAGCUAGAAUUAUUUCAUAUUCCGAGAUGGGUCCGCAAGAAGAAAAGUGAUAUCAAAGUGGAGUUACACAGGUUUAGUGACGCUUCUAAUGCAGGCUAUGCUGCUGUGGUUUAUAUUCGUUGCGUUACUAUGGAAAAUGAAGUUUAUACUCACCUGGUAACCGCUAAGACGAAAGUAGCACCCAUCAAGCAGAUAUCCAUCCCGCGACUUGAGUUGUGCGCUGCUGUUCUAGUUACUAAACUACUUCUGGAAGUAUGUGAAACACUGAACAUCAAUAAGUCAGAUAUACAUGCUUGGACGGACUCUACGAUCGUGUUAGCUUGGUUGUCCGACCAUCCAAGUCGUUGGAAGACUUUUGUCGCCAACAAGACUUCAGAAAUACUUACCUUAAUUAAUGCUACGCAGUGGUCGUAUGUUUCGACAAAGGAAAAUCCUGCCGAUUGUGCGUCACGUGGUAUGUCACCGUCAGAGUUUCUAGAGAACUCGUUGUGUAAGAAUGGUCCAAGCUGGUUACAAAAUAGCAAAAUUGAUUAUGUCAAACCACGUUCCAUAUGCACUAAGACAGAGUUAGAGAAGCGUCAACUUAAAGUACAUACUACUUGUGUCAAAAACUUUGAAGAAAUGGAGGAUAUUUGUUCUAGAUUUUCAAGCUUACGGAAACUAAUAAGGUUUGUGAAGGACUAA